AUGUCUGAGUACAAACUCAUCGGUUCCUCGCCCAGCGAGAUCAAAAAUGGAGAUAAGAUCGAAGUACAAGUUGAAGGCCUGGAAGGGGUGAAGUUACUUCUCGUAAAGCUCGAUGACCAGGUCCAUGCACUUACCGCCAAAUGCACCCAUUACGGAGCACCUUUGGCUAAAGGCGUCCUUACAUCUGAUGCAAGAAUAACCUGCCCAUGGCAUGGAGCUUGUUUCAACGUGAUCAGCGGAGACGUAGAAGAUGCUCCUGCACCCAACGCAUUAAAGAAGUAUGAUAUUACUGAGAAAGACGGAGCUUUCUAUGUCAAGACAGACGAAGCAUCUCUCAAGGCGUGGGGUAGGGAACCAGUCAAGUCUUGCAAAGUUGCUAGCAACGACAAGGUUGUAGUCGUUGGAGGAGGGAGCGGUGCUUUCGGUACCAUCGAAUCUCUCAGAGAGCUCGGUUACAGUGGAAGCAUCACCAUGAUAUCAAAAGAGCCCAAUCUUCCGUUAGACAGAACAAAAUUUUCCAAAGCCCUGAUAGCUGAUCCCUCAAGAAUUGAGCUCAGACCCAAGGAUUGGUAUUCCAACGUCUCUGUAGAGACAGUGUCUGACGAAGUGACUGCUGUAGACUUCGAAAAAAAGUCGGUGGCUACGAAGUCAGGAAAGUCAUAUCCAUAUACCAAACUUGUUCUGGCUACCGGGGGAACUCCCAGGAGACUGCCACUUCCAGGAUUCAAAGAGUUGAAUAAUAUUUUCACUCUUCGGUAUGUUACGGACGUCCAGGCUAUCCUAGCCGCAGUUGGUGAGAAGGGAAAAAACGUUGUUGUUAUUGGAAGCUCUUUCAUUGGCAUGGAGGUGGGUAAUGCGUUAGCAAAGGAAAACAAAGUCACCAUCGUGGGAAUGGAAUCUGCACCUCUAGAGCGCGUUAUGGGAGCAGAAGUCGGCCGUGUUUUCCAGCGUAACCUCGAGAAAUCAGGUGUGAAAUUUCAUAUGUCCGCAUCCGUAGAGAAGGCGACUCCGUCGUCCGCGGAUGCGUCCAAGGUCGGCACAGUACAUUUGAAAGAUGGAACGGAGUUGCCCGCGGAUCUGGUCAUUCUCGGUGUUGGCGUCGCUCCCGCAACUGAGUAUAUCAAGGAGAACCGUUCUGUGAAACUCGAAGGAGAUGGGUCUCUCAAGACGGAUGAAUCCUUUGCUGUCGAGGGCCUAAAGGACGUCUUUGCCAUCGGAGACAUAGCUACAUAUCCUUACCAUGGCCCUGGAGGGCAAAGCGGUAAGGCUCACGUUCGUAUUGAACAUUGGAACGUGGCUCAGAACUCAGGCCGGAGCGUCGGCCGCACGAUUGCACACUCGGCAACCUCGAGCCAUCCUAUCAAACCAAAGCCUUUCAUCCCGAUAUUCUGGUCUGCAUUGGGCGCUCAGCUACGGUACUGCGGAAAUACUAUGAACGGAUAUGAUGAUGUCGUUAUGAAAGGGGAGCUGGAGAAUGCGAAGUUUGCGGCUUUCUAUACCCUUGGUGAUACAGUAGUAGCAGUUGCUACUAUGGGUAUGGACCCAAUCGUUUCAAAAAGUGCUGAGUUGAUGAGGAGAGGAAAUAUGCCCGGAAAGAAAGAAUUGCAAGCAGGAACUGAUGUGUUGACCGUUGACCUCCCGGGGGCGAUAGCAAUGUUAAUGACGGCGCUACAACGAUGGUACAACUUGAUAAGGCUAAGAAGUAUCGGCUUCAGCUCGAGUUCCUCUUAG